UACUUUUCACCUACUGUUUUUAGAAUUCUAUGAUUUCGUACAUACUUCUCUGCUCGCGUACUGUUUUUGCAUACUAUAUAGUAGGGAAGUAUUCGAUUUCGGACAGAGCCCCUAUGACUUGUGUGUCAAUGCCUUGAACAAAUGGCGAAGACUUAUGAUUACCUCUUCAAACUCUCGCUAAUAGGAGACAGUGGAGUGGGAAAGACAUGUCUGCUGUUCAGAUUCAGCGAGGAUGCGUUUAACACCACCCUCAUCUCAACAAUCGGAAUUGAUUUCAAAGUCAGAACUAUUGAGCUCAAUGGGAAGAAAAUCAAGCUGCAGAUAUGGGACACAGCAGGGCAUGAAAAAUUUAGGACGAUCACCACGGCGUACUACAGAGGCGCAAUGGGCAUUAUGUUGGUAUAUGACAUCACCAGCGAAAAGUCAUUUGAGAACAUUAAAAACUGGAUCCGCAACAUCGAGGAGCAUGCAUCAUCUGAUGUAGAGAAGAUGAUCCUCGGAAACAAAUGUGACAUGAACGACAGGAGACAGGUGUCCAAAGAGAGAGGAGAGAAAUUGGCAAUUGAUUACGGGAUCAAGUUUUUGGAAACAAGUGCAAAAACCAGUAUAAAUGUCGAAGAGGCCUUUUUCACACUUGCUAGAGACAUUAUGGCUCAACCUAACAUAAAAAUGAAUGAUGGUGGUCAAGCAGAUGAUGGGGGGCCUGUGAAGAUUUCAGAGAAGCGCUCCAGAAAGCACAGCAUCUUUAAAUGUGCUCUGCUGUAACUCGCUGUGUAUCUGCGACAGCCAGAAAUGCUCUGCUGGUAUAAAAUAUCACAUGAGCCCCUGCAAAGAGCUGGACUAUCAGGCUCAAGAAUGGAUGAAGGUUCAUGUUUCCAAGCCUUUAAAGUCAAGAUGGAACAGAGGAAUUAUGCAAUUUGAGAGAUUAAGUGGGUUCACUUGGUGGUAGAGUCACAAUAUGAAAUGUUUCCAUUGCUGUGUGGUGAUAAUCGAGAUGAGUAUGUCAAAAGAUAAUGGAUCAGAUAUGAACGAUUUUGUUUUGAAAUGUUUUUGUAAAAUAUUCUUUGUGGACACAUUUCAGCCAAACCUGAAAACCAUCAGUGUAAAGAAAAUAAGAUAAAUUGGGCCUGUGUUGUACUAUAGCUCAUUAGCAUUAGGGUGAUAAACUAUAUGGUUUAUGUUCAAAUUCAGUCUAGCACUGAUUUGUGAAAAAUGUGUGAUUUUUUUGAAUAUGAAGAUGAUCAUUAAUUGUUUAAUUAGCAUUAAAUUAUCAAUAAUUAUUUCAUUCAUGUUUUAAUUUGAAAACGGGCUGCUUGGCCAUGUGAAAGCAUGUAUAGAGACUAAGGUCUUUAUGUCAAUGCUACAGUUUGUUUUGUAUUUUGCAUAGCAAGAAAGCUUAAAUGAAACAUUCAGUUGACAAAAAGUGGUUUUGUAUGUUUUUCAUGCUUGUACUGUCAUUAUGUGUAGUUGUUUUUGUCAAAGGAUGCAGAGUGAAUGCAGUUGGUUAAAUUAGCACUUUUGUUUUCAAACCUGAGACAUUUUGGUCUCCUAUUCAAGCUGCACUGAUAGUUGUGUCAGAUGAAGUAGUAUAGAUUACAGCAAUAAAACGUCCCCAUUUGGGAAUUCUC